AUGAAUUACUUUCAACCGGGAGCGUUUGGCCUCAUUGCGGGGUUCCCUGAGGCUCCCCUGGCGGAUAUCUGCAGUGCCCCCUGGCGCGGCCCUGUUCCGGGAGGAGGCUGCCGUCGUGUUUCUUCGACGGAGCUCAGUUUCCACAGCCGACGGAGCCUCAGUUUCUAUAGUCGACGGAGCCUCAGUUUCUAUAGUCGACAGAGCACAGUUUCCACAGUCGACGGAGCUCAGUUUCCACAGUCGACGGAGCCUCAGUUUCCACAGUCGACGGAGCUCAGUUUCCACAGUCGACGGAGCUCAGUUUCCACAGUCGACGGAGCCCAAUUUCCACAGUCGACGGAGCUCAGUUUCCACAGUCGACGGAGCUCAGUUUCCACAGUCGACGGAGCCCAGUUUCCACAGUCGACGGAGCUCAGUUUCCACAGUCGACGGAGCUCAGUUUCCACAGUCGACGGAGCUCAGUUUCCACAGUCGACGGAGCUCAGUUUCCAGUCGACGGAGCUCAGUUUCCACAGUCGACGGAGCUCAGUUUCCACAGUCGACGGAGCUCAGUUUCCACAGUCGACGGAGCUCAGUUUCCAGUCGACGGAGGUAAGUUUCCACAGUCGACCGAGCUCAAUUUCCACAGGCGACGGAGCUCAGUUUCUACAGUCGACGGAGCUCAAUUUCCAGUCGACGGAGCUCAGUUUCCACAGUCGACCGAGCUCAAUUUCCAAGUCGACGGAGCUCAGUUUCCACAGUCGACGGAGCCCAGUUUCCACAGUCGACGGAGCUCAGUUUCCAAGUCGACGGAGCUCAGUUUCCACAGUCGACGGAGCUCAGUUUCCACAGUCGACGGAGACCAGUUUCCACAGUCGACGGAGCCCAGUUUCCACAGUCGACGGAGCUCAGUUUCUACAGUCGACGGAGCUCAGUUUCCACAGUCGACGGAGCUCAGUUUCCACAGUCGACGGAGCUCAGUUUCCACAGUCGACGGAGCUCAGUUUCCAAGUCAACGGAGCCCAGUUUCCACAGUCGACGGAGCUCAGUUUCCACAGUCGACGGAGCUCAGUUUCCACAGUCGACGGAGCUCAGUUUCCACAGUCGACGGAGCUCAGUUUCCACAGUCGACGGAGCUCAGUUUCCACAGUCGACGGAGCUCAGUUUCCACAGUCGACGGAGCUCAGUUUCCACAGUCAACGGAGCUCAGUUUCCACAGUCAACGGAGCUCAGUUUCCACAGUCGACGGAGCUCAGUUUCCACAGUCGACGGAGCUCAGUUUCCACAGUCGACGGAGCUCAGUUUCCACAGUCGACGGAGCUCAGUUUCCACAGUCGACGGAGCUCAGUUUCCACAGUCGACGGAGCUCAGUUUCCACAGUCGACGGAGCUCAGUUUCCACAGUCGACGGAGCUCAGUUUCCACAGUCGACGGAGCUCAGUUUCCACAGUCGACGGAGCUCAGUUUCCACAGUCGACGGAGCUCAGUUUCCACAGUCGACGGAGCUCAGUUUCCACAGUCGACGGAGCUCAGUUUCCACAGUCGACGGAGCUCAGUUUCCACAGUCGACGGAGCUCAGUUUCCACAGUCGACGGAGCUCAGUUUCCACAGUCGACGGAGCUCAGUUUCCACAGUCGACGGAGCCUCAGUGUAA